CUCCAAUAUGGAAAAGUAUAUAAGUCGGCGACUCCAAAUGCUUGACUGAUAAUUUCUGUCAAUUCGGUCCAUUCAUUCAUGACAUUUUACGUGACAAGGGAACAUUCAACGAAAAAAGGAAUGGUCUGGGUUUUUCCAAUUGCAUCUGUUGUACUUCUAUCAGUCUUUGCAACAGGUUCCCCUAUUAAGCAGAAAGAUGCCUAUCACAAUAUGAAGGAGAAAAGCCAAAAUAAUUUGGUGUUGACAAUUCAUCCCAAACACAGCAAGUCACUGAAAGAAAGUGAGAAAUUAGCGAUGAUAAAACAGAUCAACCCAACAAACCACGAAUCUUCAUUUGACAACAUUGAAAAAUCAUGGACCAAUGUAUUGCUGAAGGAUACCAAAAACAAGCGCACAUUUGCAAACCUUCAAAACAACGAAAACCGAUUGCAUAGGGAACCAUUACUUGCUUUGAUACCAGUUCGAGACAGGAGAAUGUGGAGACGAAGGAAUUUUCAAAUCUAUAAUACUGUUCCGGAUUCAAGAUAUCACUUUGAAUCGUAUGCGGUUGAUCCAAUGUUUUAUUUCUUUGGAAUUGGAAAGUAAAUAAUGAUUGUCGAAAUAAUUUUCCUAAUCUGUGAGCAUUUCAAGAAAAACACUGUGUACAACUUAUGUUGAAAAGUAAAGAAAAAAUAAAGAAAGUGAUUAUCAUGAAAUAGUUCAAGCUUUUGAUAUGGCCAAAGAAAA